GGUUACGUCGAAACAGAAAUUUCCUCUGAAGUUAAUAAUGCGGUACAUAUUAAAGUGUUUCAAAUAAUUCGUUAAUACAUCCCAUUAUUAUUCAACGGUUCAAAGAAUAAGACGUCCAACGUGUCUAUUUUGCAUAAUCAAUAUAGCUCUUAGAAUGUACGACUUUUUUCAAUGAAAAAGGAGGUACUGGUUGUUGUGGAUAAAUAAUGCUUGUAUUGAGAGUCUUACGACAAAGGUGUGCAAUUUAUCAAACGACAGUAGCGUGGCGAGAAGCUCGGUCGGAUGAUUUGUUUUUGCGUGUUUGACAAAUGCAUGGUGUCAACUGAAGAUAUAGAUCUCAUCCAGAAGGUGUACCAUUAAUGCGUGUAUAACUUUGACGUCGUUACAUCGACCUUCUAUUAUUCCGGUGUAACAGGAAAUAUGAUAAUUGCCCUUAUAGUUGAUUAGCUGCUGGUGUUGAUAAUAACAUGCUGUUAAUAUAUGAUAAGCCUGUACCGUGUACGUCUGCACACCAUUCGGAAUUAAUAACGGUGGAACGAUUCCUCGACAGUUUGCGGUCAGUAUUUGAUAGUGAAACAAUUCAUGAGGUGACAGAUGUUUCGUAAAAUAACCUGAAAUAUUCGCUGGAAUCAUUUCAACGUUCAUCAUUUACUUCACAACGUCCGAAUAAUCAGUUAAGAUGCUUGAAAUCUUUUACAUGGGAUUAUAUUUAUUACUCUUUGGUAAUUGCAUUGGGGAUUAUUCUGACUGGGAUACGAAAUGGCAAAUGGUAUGUCCUGGUUUAUAUCCCAGGGUAUUUACGAGUUACACGCCUUUGGGAAAUCUUUCCAGUGGGAUAUACGAUGGUCAGCCACAUAUGAGUAGCAUUCAACAUUGUGUUGCUGCAUGCUGCAGUAAACCUAAAUGCAAUGUGGCUCUUAUGCAUAAUAGUACUUGUUACCAUUUGCAAUGUGAAAGUUCCAAAAUAUGUUUACCUUUCUAUAGAACAGAUUUAGCUAAUGAAAGUCCACCAAGUAUGGUAUUAGUUAAGCCUGUAAAUGAAGAUGAAAUAUGGAGUGAAUUAUUGAAACAAAUGAAUGAUGACACUGGUACCCUGCUUACGGAUGGUACAGAAAGGGACCAUAAUCUUUUUGGUGGAUCAAAUGAGAUAAGCUGUAUUACUCAAGGAAAUUGUUUGGAGAAUGAAAUAUGUGUUAAAAGUCCAGACAAGUCUGAUGUUGGUAUAUGUCAAUGCUCUAUUGGAUUUAAACGCAACAUAGAAGGAAUUUGUAUCAUGGAUGAGAACAUGGAACUUGGUGUAACUCCACAGAUAAAAGCACAAAUUCUGAAAGAUUCUAGUGCAUCAAUGACACCACCAAUGAAAAGAUUGUUAGUUUCUGCUGUGUCAAAGGAAGUACGUUUACCAGAAAAUGAAGUAACAUUAUCUGCCUAUACUGUACCUGCAGAGCAGGAGAAUGAGCAUUAUAAUUAUGCAUGGAGCCUUUUAAGUCAGCCCGAAAGUCACCCUGGCACUAUGACUGAUCAGAAUCGUAUGACUGUUAAAUUAACUAAUCUGUCUGAGGGUUUAUAUACAUUUAAAGUGACAGUAAAUAGUCCAAAUGCUUAUGGUGAAGCAUAUGCAAAUGUCAGCGUUUUACCACCUAAAAGAAUAAAUCAAGCACCAAUAGCUAUAAUUUCUCCUGCUUCACAAAUCGUAAAGCUACCAAACACUGGAGCUGUGUUAGACGGAUCAUCUAGUAAAGAUGACGACCGAGUUAUUUCUUAUCACUGGGAACUGCAGCAAGGACCUAUUGGUUAUCAACCUAAUCUAGUCGAUACACCCACACUGCAGUUAGAUAAUCUUAUUCCAGGAAAUUAUACGUUUAAAUUGACUGUGGAAGACUCUGAUCAUAUUACGAACUCUACAAGUGCUAAUAUAACGGUAUUGAAAGUAAUCGACUAUCCUCCCAGCGCGAACGCAGGACAGAAUAUUAUUAUAUACUUACCUCAGAAUACGCUUACACUUAAUGGUAACUUAAGCACAGAUGACCAUGGAAUAGCUAGUUGGGAAUGGACGAAAAGUCCUUCCGACCAGAAUAAAGCGGUGGACAUGCAAAACACGAGGACGCCAUAUUUACAAUUAUCUAAUUUAGAGGAGGGAAUGUAUACGUUUGUGCUGAAAGUGACGGAUGACUCUGAACAGUCCUCAACAGCUGAGGUCCAUGUGUUUGUAAAACCACCAACAAAUAAACCACCCAAAGCUGAUGCUGGCGAAGAUACAACCAUAGCUCUACCAGAAACCGGAACCGUACUCGACGGUCAUAAAAGUAAAGAUGACAUUAAAAUUGUAUCAUAUCAUUGGGAACAAGUCAGUGGACCCAGCAAUGCAGAAUUCUCUGCGGUUAACGAAUCAAUUACCAAUGUAACAAAACUAACAAAGGGUGACUACGAGUUUAAGUUAACUGUGAUCGAUGAUAACGGGAAUAAAGAUUCUGAUACCGUGAAAGUAAAAGUAACGCAAAACAAGAACGCUCCGCCUAAAGCAAACGCGGGUGGUGAUCAAGUUGUGAUCGCACCCAUUAGCGCACUUAUCAUAAAUGGAUCUCAGUCGACCGAUGACUUAAGAAUUAAAGAAUGGAUAUGGACAAGGGAUGCAUCUAGUCUUGCUAUUGGUACGAUUAUUCAAAAUACGGACAAAUCAUCGGUUUUAAUGUUGACUGAUAUUGUCCCAGGGAGAUACGUUUUUAGAUUAAAAGUGGUAGAUGACCAAGGUCUUAGUAGCGAAGACACUGUCUCGGUUAUAGUGAAAACAGAUCCACAAUUAUUACAUUUAGUUGAACUAACAUUAAACAUUGGAGCAAAUAUGCUAACAGUAUCACAAAAGAGUUCAUUGGUAGUGAAGUUACAAAUGUUGCUGCGAGAUGAAGCAUCAAUCAUUGUUCGAAAUUUGAGAGCAGAACCUCACACUGGUAGAGCAGUGAUAGUAUUCUACGUUGAGAAAAAAGGAGGACAAACGACAAUGCCGGGACCGGAAGUGGUUAAGCGGUUGAAAGAAAAAUUGAGACAAGAUUCUGGUCUUCUACAAUUGUCUGUGGCGAACAUCGAUACUGCUGUAUGUCAAAAUAAUUGUUCAGGUCAUGGGGUAUGCGACCAAGAGACAAGAUUAUGUAUGUGCGAAGCAUUUUGGAUGCAAAAUUUAAUACAAAAAUAUUUCGGUAAUGGCGACUCCAAUUGCGAUUGGAGCAUCCUUUACGUAAUAAUCGCAUUGCUAUCUCUGGUUGUCUGUUGGGUUGGUCUCAUUUGGGGCCUGUUUUGCCUAUGCCAAAGAAUAUGUACAGGGAAACGACGUUCGCUUCGCGCCAAGAAAAAACCUCCUCGUUACUCUCUGUUACAACCGGAACCAGAAGACGACAGUAGCACGUUUUCAACGCAUAAAAUGGUACUAUCCGAAUCAGAUACAGACUCUGACGAUGUUCUGUUCGAACAUCGUAAGUCGAAGAACAGCAGUCAAACAAGAAAUGGUAAAUCUCGGAAUGGCUUUAUCAAAGUGGGUUCCAAAGUGAAGACAUAAGGAGUGUAUAGAAUGUAAGGUCUCGUUAAGCGACGCACAUUCGUGUAUGUUUGGCCAAAACGUAAAGUACUAGUCACUUACAGGGCUGUAAUGUUAAGUACCUACCUAACAAGAUUCCAUACUUGAUUUUUUGAACUGAUAAAAUUGCCAUCUAUACACAUGAAUUCAACUGAAACGGAUGUACUUAAAUACAGAUACCAGAUACCGAGAACACAAGCUCAUUUCUAUUAUUGCAUUUCGUUCGAUUUCUUUUUUUUGUGAUAAUAUAUUAUUUAUCUGUAUUGUACAAUUGAAUUCGCGGCUCUUUAAUUGUGUAAUCGUGUAGACGCACCGCUGUUUGUACACGCAGGCGGUUCCAUAGCAGAAUGAUCGAACUUCGUUUGGUCACGGCCUUAGAAAGUAUUGGAAUUAGUAUUUAUAUAUACAUAUAUAUAUAUAUAUAUAUAUUAUAUAAUAGUAAUCAUUCCUUAACCAUAUAUCCUUUGUAUGUAAUACGUGCUCUUUAAUAUGUAUAUCAUCGAUCUUAUUUUUACACGUGUAUGGAUAAAUAAUAAAAUUUGUUAUCCAUAUAGCCGAUAGAAAUGUGACCGUCACCUACAAAUGUUUAUCUACAUUUAGGUAUUAUAAUUUAACUGAACUUUCUCCGUACAUUGUUUGAAUAAUUAUACAACCAUGUAACGAAUAACAAGCAUGAUUUAAUAUUCGAUGCGAAACAGUUACGAUUCGCUUCGCAUGCGCCCGCCGAGACGUUAUUUUUAACUUAUUACGCUAUGGCAAACGUGAAGUAGUGCAAAUGGUAUUCAGGCUGUCCAUCGUGAAAUCUUUCUGUGCUUGCUAGUAGACAGGAUUCUCUUUGAUUCGAUCUUGCGAAAGAUACUCGUUCACUGAACACGUCGAAGAAAAUCCAAGAUGAUUGGCUCGCCCUAUUUCUAAUUUAUUCG